AUGCAGCCGAGGCGAGUGCCUGGGCGAAGACAGCAGGAGCUCCUGCGGACGGGCGUGACGAAGGAGCCUGGCUUCCUGACCCGAGGCACCUCAUGCGGGGCCACAAGGACGCUAGCCCAUGGCACACAGAGCCACACCGCUGCUUGGACCCCGCAGCCUUCCGCGGCGCCUGGAUGCUCUCAGAUGCCUCCCGUCUUAGCGCCCAGGCACCUUCCUGCACCUCUGCUCAUCCCCAGCGUCCCCAGCCUCCUCUCCCAUGUCACAGGCACAGAAGGAAUGGUAACAGCACAGACCGCAGCUCUAACCCAAGCUCAUCGAGCAGGACCUCCUCCUCUGGCCGCGAUGGCGUCGUCUCGCCCUCUCGCUGUCAACACCUACACAACUGGAUAA